CCUACAUCAUAUCUAUUGCAGAGUUAAACGAUUACCUAUAGUUUUUUUGUUGUGCAAUACCUAAUUACUUUUUGUGUUUUACAACAUGCUUCUUUUGGUCUCCUUCUUCUUUUUUACAAUAUGCUCUAAUGCAUUCUCCCAAUCUACAAACAAUUUUGUUCCCAUAGUACGACAAUUGUUUGACAUUCAUCCAGAUGGGACUUAUAAUUAUGCCUAUGAAACGUCUAAUCAAAUAUUUGUUGAAGAACAAGGAUUUUCGAAAGAUCCAGAAACUCAAAUUAAACAAGGCCAGUACCAGUAUACGUCACCAGAUGGUCAAAUAAUAAAACUUGUGUACACUGCAGAUGAAAAUGGUUUCCAGCCUCAGGGAGAGCAUUUACCCACUCCUCCUCCUAUUCCACCGGCAAUUCAGAGAUUACUCGAUUAUCAAAGAUCUAAAACGAGUUAAUCGUAAUUUGUUUACUUACGUACAUUAUUAGUAUCCAGUAUCUACGUUUUGUGUAUAUAUGUAUUAAUGUUCUUGCUUUCAUAUUUACG